AUGGCGGCGAGAAAACUCCAACAGGAAGUCGACAAGUGCUUCAAGAAGGUGGCAGAAGGUGUUUCAGAGUUCGAGGCCAUCUACGAGAAGAUAGAGCAAUCCAACAAUGUGUCACAGAAAGAGAAGCUCGAGGACAACCUCAAGCGGGAGAUCAAGAAGCUGCAGAGGCUGCGAGACCAAAUCAAGACUUGGGCUGCUAGCAACGACAUCAAGGAUAAAGGCCCGCUACUCGACCAUCGAAAGUUGAUUGAGACGCAAAUGGAGAGGUUCAAGGCAGUGGAAAAGGCCAUGAAGACAAAAGCGUACUCGAAAGAAGGGCUAGCGUCUUCAGCGAAGCUCGACCCCGCAGAACAAGCCAGGGCGGAGGCGUCCGAAUUCCUCAGCUCACAAGUCGACGAGCUGGAGCAGCAAAUCGAGACGCUCGAGGCGGAAUCCGAACAGCUACAGGCGACCAUGAAAAGGGGCAAGAGCCACGGCGCCAAGGCCGAUCGUGUGGCCGAGAUCGACCGCUUGAUCGAACGGCAUAAGUGGCAUCAAGGCAAGCUCGAGCUCAUCAGGCGGUCGCUGGAGAACGGCGGUAUCGAGGCGGAGCAGGUCACCGAGCUCGAAGAGAACAUCCGAUACUACGUGACGGACAACAUGAACGACGACUUCGUCGAGGACGAAGAAAUGUACGACGAGUUGAAUCUCGACGAGGAAGAAGGCGUAUACGGAAUGGCGCUGGAAGACAAGGGGUCUUCCCAGGACAACGCAUCCCUGGCGGAGGAUGCGGCAGCCGACGGAGACUCCAGUUCCAGGCCCGUCGGCAAGGCGAAACAAAUCGCAGCCGAGGCGGCGCGGAGACCCAGCUCGCAGACCAAAUCGCCUCUCCCCGCGCUGGCCACCCUACACACGCCCCUGACCACCAUCACCAACCAAGCCGGCGGCCCGGUCAUGAAACCCGCGUCACUUCCGGCGCGGCCUGCGGAAGGGCUCAAGUACGCAUCGGCGGCGGCGGCGGCGGCGGCCAACGACAAGAUCGGCAUCUCGCCCCUACCGCCUCCGCCAGGCGCAGCACCGGUACCGACCUCCACGCCCGGAGCACCAGCAGCAGCGGCAGCAGCGGCGGCACAAGCCAGGACCAGUGCGGCCAACUCGCCAGCCAUCUCUUUCGUGCAGCCAGUGGCGGCGAGGGAAGCAGAAACAAAGGCCACCACCCCAUCACCGUCGAACGGUCUUGGCGAAGCACAGACAGGAGGGGCAAGGGUGACGAGUACGACGACGAUGCCGAUAACGACGACGACGACAGCAGCAGCAGCAGCAGCAAAGGCCGAGAAGUCGAAGGCGGCGGCAGCCAAGUCUCAGGCCCUGGCCCAGGCACCGGCCCAGGCGACAGCGACGGAGUCGGCAGAACCACCUCGGGCCAGAGGGCAGCGCAAGUCUGCGACGGACGAGUCCCCAGGGCCCAAGUCGGCGACGGCCCUCGGCGCAGCGACCAACGGCGUGUCGAACGGCAUCAAACCCAUCGAGGAGGAGCAGGAGGAGGAAUCGAUCUACCAUCUGCCUUCGUCAUUGCAGGACCUCGUGGAGUCGUUCGAAGCGACGCACAAGAAGACGGCGGAUCCGCACAGCGCGGGCACGUUGCGCAUGCUCCAGGCGAGCCAGGCGACGUGCCCCGACCUACUGGACUCGGACGUGCCGCGGACGUACCGGCCGGACGUGCGGGUGCCGCCGGCGGGUACCGGGUUCCCCCAGGAGCCUCUGGCGAUAUUCGACGACCCGCGGCUCUACUCGCGGAUCGACCCGGACACGCUCUUCUACGUGUUCUACUACAAGCAAGGCACGGCACAGCAGUACCUGGCGGCCAAGGCGCUGAAGGACCAGAGCUGGCGGUUUCAUAAGCAGUACCAGACGUGGUUCCAGAGGCACGAGGAGCCGAAGAACAUUACGGAGGAGUUUGAGCAAGGGACCUACCGCUUCUUCGAUUACGAGUCUACUUGGAUGAACCGAAGAAAGGCAGACUUCAAGUUUGCUUACAAGUUCCUUGAGGACGAUGUAUGA